AUGAUGUUGACGAAACGUCCUUACCGGCUUUUAAUGCUGUUAUUUUUCACUGUUCUACUCUUCUCAGUCGCUGUAUCUGCAGCCGAAUGCAGCAAGACGAAGCUCUGCGCAACUGGUUGCUGUAGUAGUGCAGGCUAUUGCGGUACUACAAAGGACCAUUGCGGCAAAGGCUGUCUGAGCACUUGCGACUUCAAGCUCGAGUGCGACAAGAGCAACCCGUGCAAAGGCAAUGCAUGCUGUUCCAAGUAUGGUCAUUGCGGACUAGGCCCAGACUUUUGUGGAAAGGACUGCGUUGCUGGCUGUGACGCCAAGGGUGAGUGUGAUCCGGGCGGCUUUGGCACAAAGUUUGCCAACCAUACCAAGUGUCCACUCAAUGUCUGCUGUUCGAAGCAUGGUUACUGCGGUACUACCAAGGAUUUCUGCGGAAAAAAGACCGUCAAUCGUCCAUCCUGCUCUGCAAAGGGCCCCAUGCGAAGAGUAGUCGGAUACAUCGAAGGAUGGGCUUCUACACGAUCCUGCGACAGCUUCAAGCCCUCCAACAUCCCCGACGGCGUCUACACUCACAUAAACUUUGCCUUUGCCAGCAUCGACCCAAAGACCUUCCAGAUCGUACCAGCGUCCAGCAAAGAUCCAGCUUUAUACCGCGAAUUGACACGCAAGAAGAAGAUCGACCCCAAGUUGAAGGUCUUUAUCGCCAUUGGCGGUUGGGCCUUCAAUGACCCAGGCCCGACCGUUACAACCUUCUCUGACAUUGCUCGUUCUGAUGCAAACCAGAGGACCUUCAUUAAGUCGCUCAUCUCGUUCAUGGCUACUUACGGCUUUGAUGGUGUCGACAUUGACUGGGAAUACCCGGCUGCCGAUGAUCGCGAAGGACGAGAGGAAGACUUUGUUAAUCUUCCCAAGUUCCUGAGCAACAUCAAGAGUGCCCUCAAGCAGAGCGGAGAGCGUAAUGGUCUAAGCAUCGCAAUCCCUGCUUCCUACUGGUAUCUCCAGCACUUUGAUCUUGAGAAGAUAUCCAAGUAUGUUGACCACUUCAACGUCAUGUCGUAUGACUUCCAUGGUGCUUGGGAUACUCCCAAGUCAUGGCUUGGCAACCAUCUCAACUCUCACACCAACCUGACGGAGAUCAAGGAGGCCUUCGAUCUGCUCUGGCGCAACGAUGUCGACCCUGAUCAAGUCAACAUGGGACUCGCAUUCUAUGCACGCACCUUUACCGCAUCCAGCAGCAGCUGCAUGUCUCCCGGUUGUCUCUUCGAUGCAGGUGGUCCUGCGGAGCCCUGCACUGACGCUGUCGGUGUCAUGUCCAACCCUGAGAUUAUGCGCAAGCUGGGGGGCAAGAUUGGAUCAGGAGAUCUGGACAAGACUGCCGCUGUCAAGACUCUCAAGUUUGGUACUACAUGGCUGACUUACGAUGAUGUCGACACCUGGAAGCUCAAACUGGACUUUGCUCGCAGUCAGUGCCUUGGUGGCGCCAUGGUCUGGGCCAUUAGCCAAGACACAUCUGAUGGCAAGUUCUCGAAGCAACUGCAGGAGGCAACGGGAUACAAGUCCAAGGGUAUCACCACGUUCAACAGCACCAAGUCACUUGGAGGGGGUGUCUUUAUUGAGACCACAGAGAGCGAAGCCAAUGCCGAUGUCAGCGACGAGCAAUGCCGAUGGACAAACUGCGGAGAAACAUGUCCAAGCGGAUGGACAACAGUACCAAGGAAAGAUCCCUACCGAACCAGCCCCAAGGAGAUCAUGACGGACAGGACUGGCUGCAACGGCAAUGGUUCACGGACAUUCUGCUGUCCAGGAAAAGAUGAGCCCUUCUGUCAGUGGCUUUUCCACAACAAUGGAGCCUGCAACCCUGGAUGUCCGUACGACAAUAUGGUUGAGGUGGCGUCACUCAAACUUACAUGUGAUAGCGGCAAAGCCCAGGUCGCCUGCUGCAGAGGCGACACCAAGGCUCUAGAUGUCUAUCGUCAGUACAAAUGGUAUGGCAAGGAGUCUAAGUGCGCUACCGAUGUUGGACAAAAGCUAUGCGGGUGGAGUAGCAAGUUCAAUUCACCCUUUGUUGAGAGUUGGAGCGGUAGUGGAGCCCAAUCAUGCUAUAGUAGCGAAGGUAAGCAGGGAUCGAGGCCACUCUGCGAAGAUACCAGAGACGAGACCAAGCCGCACUUCUCCAAUUGCAUAUGGUCGGACAACCACUUCAUGAGCCGCAAAGAUAUUGCCUCGACGGGUACAUGCAACAGUAAUUGUCCUAAAGGCAUGGUCAAGGUGACUCUGGAUUCCAAAGAAAACGCGUGCGGCAAAGGUACUUCGGCCUACUGUUGCGACAUUACAGCCUCUUACGACUUCACUGAUAUCGAUGAUGACGACAUGGAAGCCGUGAUCAAAGAAUGGACCGAACAUCCGACAUGUGCCAAUCUGACUGGGCUCGAAGGGGACAAGCUCUCAUCGCGCUCUCUAGACAACAUCGCUCAGGAUGCUAGUGAGCAGUUGUCUGGCUUUGCCAAACGUCAAGGCCUUCAUAGAGUGCCUCCUUCAAAGGCUAUCGUACUAAUAGUCCAAAAGCUUAUGGAACUUCCAAAGAGCUCCCGCGCGACUAGGAAGAUACAGGCGCUGAUAACCAAGUAUUUCGUCCCCAUUUGGCCACAUCUUACUGGCGCCUACAUCGCAGGAAGGCUGUGGGAGCUCAGAGACGAUGUCUCGACUUUGUUGGCAGCCUGGAACUUCGUCUGCAAUAUGGAUGCAGAAGAGGAAUUGGCCAAAGAGAAAGACGAGGGCACAGGGAGCUCAACGGAUCUCCUCAUGUGCCACAUCCCAUCGCUCGACACUUACGAUCCUGGAUCGCUGGAAGAUCCACGCGACCAGCCAGAUACUUCUGAAGUCGCGGACAUCUUUGACCAUAUUGGCGAACUUGGCGGUAUCAGCGACUUGAUAUUCCCAUUCAACGAAAUGAAAUGGUCAUCCGAAUGGAGUGAGGACAGUGCCCUUGAGGAGAGGGCUCCAGGAACUGGAAAACCCCGUCCCUUCAAAGCUCUAUGUCCCGAUAAGACGACAUUUUACGAAUAUAAAUCAGAGCCGUACAGGAAUGGAGACAAGGGAGAAGCGUUGGCCAAUCUCAACGGCGAUCACAAAAUGUAUUAUGUCAACACUUAUAACGGUGAUUGCUUCUCUUGCACUAUCGAGGAUGACGGCAAACCAAACGAUGGCAAGAAAUGGGUUUCUGAGCAUAUUCUGGAGCUUCAAACAAUCAACAUGUUUAUCGAAUACUCAAUGGGCGUCAAGAGGAAACUAAAGGACCGCAGAACCGAUUUCAACAUCUUGAUUAAAGCACCAGUUAAACCCAAAGAGUUUGCCGACUUGCCUUGUUCCUUGUGGAUGGUAGAGUUUGAGAAGGGCUUCCCAGCGUGGAAUAAGAUAUAUUCAGAUACCCCUAGGGUAUCUUUGUUCACACUGCUUGGCUCAAUAAACAAUGCCGUUCAUAUGGUCAACACCGAGUCCAAGUUUAACGGUCAUAAGGCUAGGAUUUGGAAUUUCAAUGAGCCUGUAGCAAACGGCAAAUGGAACAAACGGUAUGCUUCUUUAACGAAGAAAGCCGCCCUACACGCAUUUGAACAGCUUCAGCUAGUUGAGCAGGUCUUCGGUUACCUCACAAAACCAGCCGUAAAGAAGAAGCUCCAGGCUUCUUAUAAGGACGUAAAGGAUUUCCUGGACGACUUUGAGGAGCUCUACCGAAAGGAACAUCCCAAAACUCCAGUUUUGAAUCUCUCCAAAAUGUGGACCAUUUUCAUGCGGGAUGUGACUGGGCUGAUGCAACAGUGGACCAAAGACUGGGUAAAAUAUCGUGCCGAUGAGAUGGUGAAAAAAUGGCUCGUUGAGUAUAACGCGAGAGAAGCGGCAGUCGCAGCAGCUCAUGGCAAGGCGGCAGGGCUGCAGUCCAAGGCUGUCUCCCUCCGGGAGGAAGCAAAGAAAAUCCUGGAAGACGCCAAAAAGCAUCAAAGCUUGCACGCUGCUUUCAUUGAUGUAUUCGACCCCAUCUUCAUGUUUCAGUAA